AUGGUGGCCGGUACCAGUCUCGAGGAUACAAUCAGGUCGAGACUAGAUGAUGAGCUUCCUUCCAUCUGCGAGUCCCGCCAGCCAGUCACCCCCGACAAUGUCCUCCAACAACGAGCAUCCAUCACUCCAGAUCAUAUCCCCCCUCUUUCCACCUUAAUGGCUGCAGCAAACUACCAUAGCCCCUCCGCCAUCGUCACCUGCUGUCACUCCAGAAACAAAAGUGGUCAACCCCGUCGUGACCUUCAUCGCGCAACGCGGUACCUGGGAAAAGUCAUGAACUCAUCAUUGAAGCCGGGGCAAUCGACAUCGACUACAACAUGGGCGGAUCCGAAUCGGAACCGGGUCUAUGAGUGUAAAACUGUCAUUGCUGCUACUGCUGAACUUGGGUGUGCAGAUAUGGUGGCGCUGUUAUUGGAGUAUGGGGCUAUUUUGAAGGGGAUGGGGGCUCUUAUACUGGCGGCUGAGGAGGGAAAGGCUGAGAUGGUAGGGUUUCUGUAA